GUGACAUCACUCAGAAGGGCUAUGAGAAGAAGAGGACCAAACUUUUGGCUCCCUAUAUAAUCCAGACUUCAGUGGCACCUCCUCAGAAUGACGCACAGCCUCCUGUUCCCAGUUCGUCCAGCCAAGCGCCUGCUCCUGCAAACUCCUCCCGCUACCGAGAACGCCGCUCUCGCAGGACGCACCGUAAUGGAGGAACCAGGGAUGAUCGCUACAGAUCAGAUAUCCACACUGAGGCUGUCCAAGCUGCUCUGGCUAAAAACAAAGAGGAAAAAAUGGCCCUUCCGAUGCCAACCAAGCGGCGCUCCACUUAUGUGCAGUCCCCCAUUGAAACCCGAACACCUCCAGACUCCUCCUCAGGAUCUGAAGAUGAGACAUCUGCGCGCAGACAGUCUUCAGCAGUCGCCCCACAGCCUCAAGUCCAUCCCAACCCGCAGAGCCAGGACUAUUGGAUGAACCGCUCUGCCCAGGGCUCCUCCACCUCAUCCUCAGCCUCCUCCACACUCUCACAUGGGGAGGCCAAACCUCAACCUCAGAGUCAGCCUCAGAGUCAGCCUCAGCCUCAGUACAAGCCGCAGUACCAGCCAUUGUAUCAACCUCACCAUCAACCCUUCCAGCAACCUCAGCAACCCUCCCACCGUCAGCCUCAGGAGCAGAGCCGCACUGCAGCCGUGACGGACAUGUUGGCUCACAGUCGCAUUGCUUCCUCUGAAAACCGUGCCCCUCCUCCAGAUGUGACAGCUGUGGCCCCCCUGUCCAGAGGCCCGCGUGUUGAUCUGCCGUCCAACACCGUGCGAGGAAUAAACCGGGGACAUAGCCGCUCCAGCAUGAUGGAGACUGCUGACGCGAGAGGUAAUAUUCAGAGAGUUCCUGUGAGCAGCAGAGUUUCCACAAAGAUCCAGCAGCUGCUAAACACCCUGAAGAGGCCUAAGAGACCCCCACUCAGCGAGUUCUUCACUGAUGACUCUGAGGAGAUCGUUCAAGUACCCCAGCCGGACCCAAACACACCCAGGCCAGAGGGGCGUCAGAUCAUCCCGGUAAAAGGGGAGCCUCUGGGAGUGGUCAGCAACUGGCCACCGGCUCUGCAGGCGGCACUGGCUCGCUGGGGGGCAACUCUGGGAAAGAGCCCUGCUCUUACUGCUUUGGACAUAACGGGCAAGCCUCUCUAUACCCUGACUUAUGGGAAGCUGUGGAGUCGCAGUGUGAAGUUGGCGUACACCCUCCUGAACAAGCUGGGCACCAAGAACGAGCAAAUCCUCAAACCUGGAGACAGAGUGGCGCUGGUGUACCCAAACAGCGACCCUGGCAUGUUCUGGGUAGCCUUCUACGGCUGCCUCCUGGCUGAAGUAAUACCUGUACCCAUUGAGGUACCUCUGUCUCGCAAGGAUGCUGGUAUCAGCCAGGUGGGCUUCUUGCUUGGCAGCUGCGGAGUUGGACUGGCUCUGACCAGUGAGAUCUGCUUGAAAGGUCUGCCCAAGACCCCCACUGGUGAAAUAAUGCAAUUCAAAGGAUGGCCUCGAAUGAAGUGGGUGAUAACUGACUCUAAAUACCUGACCAAGCCGUCCAAAGACUGGCAGCCGCACAUCCCCACAGCAAACACUGACCCAGCCUACAUCGAGUAUAAGGCCAGUAAAGAAGGGACAGUGGUUGGUGUUGCCGUCUCUAAAGUGGCCAUGCUGACCCAUUGCCAGGCACUGACCCAGGCCUGCAAUUACUGCGAGGGCGAAACCUUGGUAAAUGUUCUGGACUUCAAGAAGGAUAUGGGCUUAUGGCAUGGUGUUCUAACUGCUGUCAUGAACAGGAUACACACCAUUAGUGUUCCAUAUGCUGUGAUGAAAGCUUGUCCUCUCUCCUGGGUGCAGAGGGUCCAUGUGAAUAAAGCUCGUGUAGCUUUGGUGAAGUGCCGGGAUCUGCAUUGGGCCAUGAUGGCUCAUCGGGACCAGAGAGAUAUCAGCCUGGCUUCGCUACGAAUGCUCAUUGUUGCUGAUGGUGCUAAUCCCUGGUCUGUCUCUUCCUGUGAUGCCUUCCUGAAUCUGUUUCAGUCACAUGGACUAAAGCCUGAAGUUAUCUGCCCCUGUGCUGCCUCUCCUGAGGCCAUGACUGUAGCUAUACGCAGGCCAGGGGUUCCAGGUGCACCUCUCCCUGCACGUGCCAUCCUUUCCAUGGGUGGUCUGAGCUACGGAGUCAUCCGAGUCAACACCGAGGACAAGAACUCUGCUCUGACUGUACAAGACGUGGGACACGUCAUGCCCGGGGCUCUGAUGUGUAUAGUUAGACCAGAUGGACCUCCUCAGCUUUGUAAAACGGAUGAGAUUGGAGAGAUAAUAAUCAACUCCCGCGCUGGAGGCACAAUGUACUACGGCCUGCCUGGACUCACCAAAAACACUUUCGAGGUGAUACCGGUUAAUGCUAGCGGAGUUCCCAUAGGAGAGAUUCCAUUUGUGCGCUCUGGACUCCUGGGGUUUGUUGGCCCAGGUAGUCUGAUCUUCGUGGUGGGAAAGAUAGAAGGCUUGCUAAUGGUUAGCGGACGGAGGCACAACGCUGAUGACCUGGUGGCCACUGCUCUGGCUGUGGAGCCAGUUAAAACAGUCUACCGUGGAAGGAUUGCUGUGUUUUCAGUAACGGUGUUCUAUGACGAGAGGGUAGUAAUUGUUGCAGAGCAACGACCAGAUGCCAGUGAGGAGGACAGCUUCCAGUGGAUGAGUAGAGUGCUGCAGGCUAUCGACAGCAUUCACCAGGUUGGCCUCUAUUGUCUGGCACUGGUCCCAGCAAACACCUUGCCCAAAACGCCCCUUGGUGGUAUCCACAUCUCCGACACCAAGCAAUUCUUCUUGGAAGGGAGCUUGCACCCCUGCAAUAUCCUGAUGUGUCCACAUACAUGUGUCACUAACCUGCCAAAGCCCCGCCAGAAGCAGCCCGUCGGUGUAGGUCCUGCAUCCGUCAUGGUGGGCAACCUGGUGGCAGGGAAGCGGAUUGCCCAGGCAGUAGGGAGGGACCUGGGUAUGAUUGAAGACCAAGAUCUUGUCCGAAAGCUCUGUAUGUGGCCCACUGUGAUGCAUCAGUAUUUGACUGAAGCUCUUCAGUGGAGGGCCCAGACAGACCCAGACCACAUCCUCUAUGUUCUCCUCAAUGCAAAGGGUGUAACCGUUGGCACGGCAACCUGCGUCCAGCUCCACAAGAGAGCAGAGAAGAUAGCUGCUGCCCUUUCUGAGAAAAGCAGCAUCAACACGGGAGAGAAUGUUGUGCUGCUCUAUCCUCCUGGGAUCGAUCUGAUUGCAGCCUUCUAUGGCUGUCUCUACGCUGGCUGUGUUCCAGUCAACGUCAGACCUCCUCACCCCCAGAACCUGGCAGCCACUUUGCCUACUGUUCGGAUGAUUAUCGAUGUCAGUAAAGCUGCUUGCAUCCUCACAACACAGAACCUCAUGAGGAUUCUGCGCUCUAAAGAGGCUGCAGCUUCUGUGAACAUCAAAACCUGGCCAACCAUCAUUGAUACGGAUGACCUUCCCCGCCGUCGGCCUCCGCAGAUCUAUAAGCCUCCCACAGCAGAGAUGAUAGCUUAUCUGGACUUCAGCGUCUCUACUACGGGAAUGCUUACUGGUGUGAAGAUCUCUCACGCAGCAGUCAGUGCCCUAUGUCGCUCCAUAAAGCUUCAGUGUGAGCUUUAUUCAUCUCGCCAAAUAGCCAUUUGCCUGGAUCCAUACUGUGGUCUGGGCUUUGUCUUGUGGUGCCUUGCAAGUGUUUACUCUGGUCACCAGUCCAUCCUGAUCCCUCCUUUUGAGCUGGAGAGCUGCUUGUCUCUGUGGCUGAGCACACUUAGUCAGUACCGCAUUCGAGACACCUUUUGCUCCUACUCUGUUAUGGAGCUCUGCACUAAAGGGCUGGGCACUCAGACUGAGUUACUGAAGGCCCGCGGGGUGAACCUUUCGUGUGUGAGAAGCUGCGUAGUGAUUGCGGAGGAACGCCCUCGUCUUGCCCUCUCGCAGUCCUUCUCCAAGCUGUUUAAGGAUUUGGGACUCUCGCCCAGGGCUGUCAGCACUGCUUUUGGCUCCAGAGUUAAUCUUGCAAUCUGCCUGCAGGGAACUACUGGUCCCGAUCCCUGUACAGUGUAUGUGGACAUGAAGUCUCUGCGUCAUGACAGAGUGAGGCUGGUGGAGAGAGGAGCACCUCAGAGUCUUCCACUGAUGGAGUCUGGCAAGAUACUUCCAGGUGUCAGAGUGAUCAUUGUGCAUCCAGAGACCAAAGGCCCUCUUGGGGAUUCUCACCUGGGGGAGAUCUGGGUGAACAGCCCUCACAAUGCCAGCGGUUACUACACUAUCUACGGAGAGGAGAGUCUGCAGGCAGACCACUUCAACACCAAGCUCAGCUUUGGAGACCCACACACGUUAUGGGCCCGAACUGGAUACUUGGGUUUCGUAAAAAGGACAGAGCUGCUGGAUGCAAGCGGAGAUCGACAUGAUGCCCUGUUUGUGGUGGGCUCACUGGACGAGACGCUAGAGCUUCGAGGGUUACGAUACCACCCUAUUGACAUUGAGACUUCUGUGUCACGAGCUCAUCGAAGUAUUGCUGAAAGUGCUGUGUUUACAUGGACCAACCUGCUGGUGGUGGUUUCGGAGCUGUGUGGCUCAGAGCAGGACGCGCUUGACCUCGUGCCCCUCAUCACAAAUGUGGUCCUGGAGGGCCACCACCUCAUUGUGGGCGUGGUGGUAAUUGUUGACCCUGGUGUCAUACCCAUCAACUCCAGGGGAGAGAAGCAACGCAUGCACCUCCGCGACUCGUUCCUUGCCGACCAGUUGGAUCCCAUCUAUGUUGCGUACAACAUGUGAAAAGCUGGUGGCCAUCCUGGUUUGAUUCUUGGACGUUUCAUCGUACCAGUGAGCAGUCUGGACAGGGUGUAUGUAUAUGUGUGGGGAGCAGAAAAGCAUGAAGCACAUGUACAGACACACAGCCCUGUUUGACACCAGCAUAUCUUUACCACUGCAUGUCUGUGUUUGGGGUUGAACACUGUGUUCUUUAUAUAAACACCACAUUUUGCAAACAUAGCAGUUAAAAUAUGCUGCAAAAUGAAGAGGAAAGCAGAGUUUUUGAUGCACUUUUUUGUGGAGAAUUGAGAAGAAGAGGCAACAGGUCCCUUUGGCAACAAAUACUGGUGUCCUGUCUUAGUCAAAGUCUGCCCCCCUUGGUGUGGUGUCCACACUGAACCACUGAUCUCAACACAACUUGAAGUAUUUUUCUACAUGCAGCUUCCAAGCAAACCCACACACAAACCCAUGUCCUGAUCCCCUUUAGUUUUACUUCCUGGCAACAUGGAUAAGAGGAAAAGCCAUGAUAACUGACACAUGGUUCACCCAGUGUGCAUAUUUGACCCCCCACCUACCCUACCCCCCAACUGAAACCAAAUAGAUAUUCCUGCUUUGAUAAUAUUUCCUGCCUUACAAAACUUCAGCCAUACAUUCCUUUCUUAACUUUUAUUGAAUCUGCUAUUAAUGGCUUCUUAUUAUUCUUCAAUCACUGGAGCAUAAGUUCCAUAAAUACCCAAAAGGGAUAAAUACAAUAAAAAAGAGCCCAUAUUCUUUUCUUUACUGUAACAACUGAGGGUCUCUUUGUAUUUUGGAUACUGUAUGUCACUAGAUAUUUUUAUUUGUAUAAAUGAAUAAUAAUGUUUUUCCUCACCUCUCUCAGUUGCUCCUCUAUGAAUAGAUAACCAAGCUGGGAGGCUGUAACAUUAGCAAAGAAGACUGUAAAUAGAAUCUAACAAAAAGUACUUUUGUUGGGGGAUGUUAGCUAUAUAAGGACUGAAAGGGUGAAUCACUUUAAAUCAUUGUGUCUGAGAAUGGACAAAAUGUUGCACUUUUUAAAAGAAAAAAAAAUCUAUUUUAUUAUAACAAUGAGGCAUUAUGAGCAUAAUGGUUUUAGAGCAUGUUAUUCUGAGCAGAAUAAUCCAAGUUUACUGGGAGGGCUAUCACUGUUAGUGCAGGUAUUUCCCUGUUAGUGUCUGCAAGGAGGUUUGCAAAACUAAUAAUGUGACUGUUUACAGGCUGACGGGUUACUUUGUAAGUGAAAAAUCUAAAAAAAAAAAUUGGUCCACUUCUGUUCAUCUGAUAUCCAUGGCCACCAUGCUGCCAAACAAACUUGAUGCUCUCAGUUACGUAAAACAUCAUGGAGCCUCUCAGCACUCAAACGUUCCAACUGUAUGUUUUGUUUGUUUGUGCAACUUUUUGUAUAUAAGUACUUUGAAUUCUAAAAUCAUUGUUGUUUAUACUGUAGCCAGCAGAAGGUAGUAAACAGGUCGAAUUUUUUUAUUUUUCUGUGUUCAGUCACUGGAAUUUUGCACUUGUGAAUGCAGUUGCAAAACUGAGCCACAUGAAAGAUG